AUGCCAGAUGAAGAGGAUGAAUCGGGAAUAAGGAUCCGUGAAAAUUGUGAAAACAUGAGGGCAAAAGAUGAGAAAGGAAAGGGAGAGAAGGGGAUUUUUAUUUUAGCUGACGAGGAUGUUGCGUGUUUUGCAGUGAGCGGCGUGCAGGUCGUGGUGGUCGUCCUCGCAGUGGUGCUGGUGACGGCCGUGGUGUCGUGCGUCCUGGGAAACUCUAAGAUGGGCGCACGACUUUGGUCCGAGCGACGGUCCUCCCGUGCUGCCCAUCCCACCUCUGCCUCCCCCCACGCCCACACCGCCGUCACGCCUACCGCCUUCACACACUCGAACAGCUGAAGGGCAUUGCUCUAGGACUGAGCUUCUGAAAGAAUCGACAGGAAGACUUGACUCUCUCAGAUCUCGCACCUCCGUGAAGGGUAAAGGAACCAUCAAACGUUUAUCAGCAGGGGGAGAUGUGCGGGUCUUUACUUAUAGCUGCUUUUCCACUGAGAUAUUUUAUGACAGCACGAAUGCUUUCCAGCGGG